UAAAUUCUCAGUUUUAUUUACUCUCUUAUGAACUGAACAACAGCUUUAGUCUUCCAAAAAAAUAAAAAACAAAAAAAAAUUUCGUAACCCUCUGAAAUAAAACAAAAUUUGAUAGAUUAUGUGCCACGUUAAAUUCGCAGUUCAACAUUGAAAAUUGAAGAAAAUUUUCGAAAAAAUAACUCAAAUUUUGAGGACUCUAACCGAACCAAAUUAAAGCUAUAUAAUUAACAGAAUAUCCUGAAAAAAGAAAAACUAAAUAGAAAAGAGAAAAAGCAGUGAAAAAAUGGCCGAUACGGAAUAUACUGAAGAGAAUGAUUAUAUAUAUGAGGAUGAGGCCAAUGCAUUGGACGAGCAUGAGGCAGGGGGCGGCAUGGAAGAGGGCCAGGAGGAUGACCUGUUCUCGCGUCUUGGCGAAUCCUCCGAUGAUCCGGAACACAAGCGCAUGUAUAUGGAGUAUUUGGCCUUGAUCAAGGAGAUCGACUGUCAGAAUAAGCUCAUACAGGACAUCAAGACCCAGGUAAUGGAGAUGUGCAGUAAGCCGUGCAAGACCAGAAACGAGUUGCGCGAGAUCAAGAAGCUGAGAAUCUGCAUGGAGCAGGAGAAUAUUAAAUUGCGGGUAAUGCUGAAUCGAGCGAUGCAAUUGCAAAAUUUCGGUUCACCUCGUCAUUAUCGGGAACUGACCAUGGUGACAACUGUCGACGAGGAUAAUCUGUCUCCGUAUAUGUGUGCAUUUGGGCCAUGUAGUCCAAGUGGACAAGGUGUGUCCGGGGCAACGGAGUGCAGUGAGGAGCAGGGUUCAAGUAAUGAAGCUGGCCCCUGUGGGCAAGAGGAUCGCCUAAUGGCGGCCUUGCAGAAGGCCAUGCAGAAAAUGAAGAAUGCCUGUCCAGAGGAUAAAAAAGCAAUGGAGGAGAUUGCUUGUGCCAUUAUGAACUCGAAGGGAUCCAGACAGUCUCAGCCUGUCUGCAGUCCGGGUCCAUGUGGUGCUCGUCAAUUGCAAGAGACCAGCAGCAGCUGUAUGGGUCCUUCUGCCCCACCCCAAUCAAGGUCGAAAGGUCGUUCACGUCCAUGUGCUCCAUGUGCUGGAGCGGGAACAGAUGCUUCAUCACCCUGCACCAAAACUGAUUCCCUGGAUAAGCUAAAGCGACGCAUUGUCUCUAUGCAGUGCUCUGUUAAGAAACUACUCCAAGAGGUUAGCCGACGUGAGAUUCCAGAGCCCGAUGAUGCCAGCGAAGAGGACGAUUCCUGUCCACAACAGCCCGCUCCCUGUCCCGAGGAUCCCGAUCCAUUGGUCAUUUGCGGUGGCAAGCGUAAUACCAAAGCCGAUAAAUAUGAGAAAAUGAAGGAGAACUACACACGUUUGCUGACCGAAUUUCAGCGUAAGGACUGCCAAAUGAAGGAACUACAGGCCCGCAUGAAGGGCAUAAAUGGUUGCAGUGGCCAAUUGAAAGGCGGCGAAGGUGAUGCCAAUGCCGCUGAACUGAAUCUUUUGCGGGCUCGCGUCAAUGAGCUGAAGGAGGAGCAAGUGGAAUUCAAAUGCAUUAUGAAAGAGCAAUCCCAACAGUUGGAGGAUUAUCGUAAUAAAUAUCUAUUGGCCCAGCAGAAGGUCGAAGAGCAAUGCGUCAGCCUGGAGAAGCUGAAUAUGAAUAAUAAACGGAUCGAACAGCAAAUCAAUACCGAGGUCAAGGAGAUUCGUGCCAAAUUUCAAGAGAAACUCAAUGAACUACUUCAUUUCCCGAAACUGCUGGAGAACGAACAACUGAAGCUGGCCCAAGUGUGCAAGGAGAAGGAUGAGAUGCAGAGCAAACUGGUGGUCGUCUGUAAGGAGCUCAAAUCAUGUAAAUCGCAAAUUGAGAGUCCCACGACAGUGGAUCUGCGUCCCCAGUUGACCCAAUGCCAAAUGGAAUUAUCGCAGGCUCGCAAUGAGCUGGAAGAAUUACUCCGCCAGCGUGAUCUCUUCUGUGAGCAAUUGAAAUCCACUCAAGAUGAUUUGGAUACUCUACGCACCGAAUCAGCCAAGAUCAUUGCCGGCACCAAGGAGCGAGCCGAAAUGAUCAAGGGCCAACAGCAGGAGCAUAUCAAUCGUCUUGAAAAGGAAUUGGCUCAAUGUCGCGCCACAGCCUCCCUAUCGGUCAAUGAUCGUGAGGCUGUGAUCCGUGAAAUGCAGGGACAAUUGAAUACCCUCUCCUAUAGCUUUGAUGCCGCCCAGAAGCAAAUCAAGACACUUCGCAAUCAUAUUGCCUAUGUGUCCAAUGAGAAUUGCUUUCCAGUUAAAUGCUAAUCAAACCUACUAACUAAACACAAAUAAGUACAUUUACCACAACCGUGUCGAAAAUUUGUCAUUGGUGUAUCUAAAAUCUAUAGAAACUGUCAACUCAUGUUAACCUAUAGCCCUUGUACCCUUAUUACAUAUAUAUACAUAAAAUGUUAAUAUAUAAGUAUACAAUA